UUGACGCUGAAAUAGACCUGAAUUCUAUGUAUGUGUCACCCACGUUAGUCCUCGGUGUCACGUGACGUAGCAAUCCUCUCAAAGUUUGAUGUGGGUGAACGCAACGCUGCGUCUAAUACGGAACGGAACGGCCUGCUCUCCGCCAUUUAGUGGCCAGACUGAAGUGGUACUACACACUCACAGCCCGGUGGUGACAAGUACGUAGCUGCGGUUACGAUACUGCACUGUGGGCGUAACUUACGGGAAUAGGUGCUGGUGGAUCCGGUGGAACCGGUCGUUUGCUUAUCCAAAUUCUCCGUUCUUAAUUGCAUCUUCAAGAGUAGUUCCAGCUCUGAAUCAAGUAGAAGACGAUCAUUGUGGCCUCGCGAUGGUUGGAUCGAAGCAGCGCUUGUCUAUUUUGUCUAGCUUGAUACUACUUUCAGUUCUACUAACCUCAAGCGAAGGUCCCGUGUCAUCAUCUUUCUUGAAAGACUUUUGUUCGAGAAAUCCUUCAGCUCUUCCUGGUCUGUGCAGAAAAUUUCCAUCAGUAGAGAACUGUCCUGUUGUGAAUUGGGGAGAGUGGCAGCUAGAGGGAUAUUCUCCUUCUUCCGCCACUAGUGACUCUUGUAGGUCAGGUGGCAAACUGCUCAGGUUUGCUCGCACCAAAACUAUAUCUCACUUGUCAGAAACUUGCAAGAGCAAAGUAGGAGCAAUAUCUGAUAAGGAAGACAGAUGCCCACCAACUACAGCUGCUAAAGUAUCAGCACUCAUGAAAGCCCUUGGUAACGACUUUGGUUCAUCCACAACAACACCUCUACGAAAUUCAGUAGGAUCUGUACCGCUACAAUUUCAGCAAAAUAAUCUCUAUUUCAAAUCUCGUCCCGUUGGUGGUUCUACUUCCAUUCACUUUUCUAAUGGCAAAGGUAGACAUAAUUUACAGGAGUCCCCUCAAUUCAUUCAUAAAGCUGCUUUGUCUGAUCUUCUUCCUAAUAAUCCCACUGCUACCACUAGUCCUCCUCCUACUCCUUACUUAUCCUUGAGUGACCACCGUAGGAAACCUCGAGAUCUACUAGGUCAAAGUCGAUCAGUUCUGAGUAACUCACAAAAGCGUCGAAAACGUGAGAAUACUAGACUAGGUCAGGAUUUGAACGGUCGAGAUCAGAGUCUUGAUUGUACAGGAUUACAUAUACCAAGAUUUCAACCCAGAUGCCAGUACAGUGAUCCUCGAGAUCUUGCUAUUGUAAUUGACAGCUCUGGAAGCAUUGGAAGCCAUGCGUUCAAUAAGGCCGUGGACACGCUUGCACAAUUUGUCGGCUACAUGUGUCACAAAUUCGAAUGUGAUGGACCUGAAACAAGGCUCGCCGUCGUUACCUACGGAUCAAAAGUUAGGACAGUGUUCAAUUUCAACUACUCUGGCAGCACUCACAAAAACAAACAGCAGAUUAUAAAUGACAUCAAGACAAGAACAACCUACAUGCGUGGUUACACGGGAUCCACAGCUACAGGACCGGCUUUAGAACAUUGCAAAAACGAAAUAUUUCAAGAAAGCAACGGAAUGAGAAGUAACAGUAAACGUCAAAUUCUGCUUCUGACUGAUGGUAGAUCAAACAGAGGAACAAGUCCAGGAGAUGUGGCGACGGAACUUCACGACAAGAUGCAAAUUGAUAUUUACGCUCUCGGUAUCGGAGCUAAUGUGAAUAUCGUUGAACUAAAAUCCAUAACAAAAGAGAGAUCUAAAAACAACCUACUUUACUUCAGUUUGUUGUUCAAUGACUUUGCUGAAUUUUUUAAAGUCAGUGAAUUGGUUAAAGAUGAUCUCGAUCAUUCUGGUAAACAAUGCAAGGCUGCUUCAAAGAUCUAUGACAAGAAGAGAUAGAACAAGACAAUCAAGACAGAUGCGCUGACUAGCUGUAAAAUGUCAACCGUUUGUUAGUAGAUAAAACUGUAUGUUGCAAUGUCUACUAGAGUAUUUGUUUGCUAAUGCUCACGUCUGUACAAUACAAAACAGUUCAGGAC